AUGCCAGCAGCCAUGGACGAGGUGAAGCCAACCGCCAGAUGGGCCAACCGCACGUUGCGCCCCUUGGUCUCCGUCUAUCGCCGACUCGAAAAGCAUCAUGAGACAUUAGCGAUUAUUGCAUCAGAUCUGCGCGCGUUAGAACGCGAGGCAAAUGUACAUACACAGAUACAAAGCAGCAGCAUGGCGGCCAAGGCGCAGGAUUGGGAUCUUGGGUCGGACGCGGACCAAGAUGACCCUGUUUGGGUUCCAGGAAAGAAGCCUGACCUGCGACGCUUACGACACAGGUACUCGACCCGAAACGAAAUCAAUGGACGCAAGCGACGAGCACGGCACUCUAUACACAGCCCAGAGGUAACACGUAUCCUCCCUGGUGCAAUUGACCUCGCCACACCUGUAAUCAGUGGGAAACAAUGGGAGGCGCCGAUGAGCGUGAGAGCCAAAGUUCCGAGCGCAGAGGCAAAAUCGUGCAAAAAGAGUGAGCGCUCAUCUUUUUUGUCCCGACGAUCGAAUUCAUUUCAUCGGUCAGCCUCCGGGCACGGCUCCUCGGGCGAGUCCGUCGACACAGAGUUGGCAGGCAUUGUACAAAAUUUUGAACACGUCUUUGGGAACUUCCUCCGAAAUACUUGUGUCGGUGGAAGUACGUAUAUGAGUGCAUAUCGGACACGUUGCGGAACUCGCUCGCUGAUGGCCACGGCGAUCCGCAGGCUGCCCGCAUUCAUUCAGCGUGAGCAAGAUAUUCAGGACGAGCAGGAUGUCAAUGCCGACGAGGACAUGUGCGAUGCUUACUUUACCGAGCUGGAAAGUUUUUACGCGCCACACGGCCAAGGGUGGAAACCAUUGCGGGAAGCUGUGAGGGCCCAGGGAAUCUUCUAUGUGUCGAACAUGAUCAGAAACAACUGGUUGACCGACGCGAUUGUGGGUGCUUUGAUUGAAAGAUGUCAGAUCCUUUUCCCGGAUGUUUCUGAAUCAUUACUAUCAAUUUUUCUCUCUACGCUUACGUCUUAUCCGCAUCCCUCCUCCCUCAACACGACCGGAUCCACGACUUCGGAUGACUCGAAUGAGUUGGGUGAUCCUCUAAGAGUGCUUCGCAGAUACAAGUCCGUCGAUCCGAGUCGUCCCUCAUAUUUGUUUCACGAACUGGCGAAUGUUCUCACCCGUGGUGUAUUGCCCGCUGAGUGGAUGGCGACCAAAUCCUGGACUAUGUGGAUGACUCGCGCGACAAUCUCGUUCUCAAGCGAGAAUGAGGACUGUGCAGCAGCCUCACGUUUGAUCGAGGCAGUGUUGUUGUCGGCUGCCGAUAUCCUUCCGGUAGCCCACUUGGACCCAGCAGUGGGCGAGGAUCAUGGGGACAGGAGCGAUCCAGCGCAUGAGAGACAGACACGACACUCCUCCUUGUCAACGAAAGUGCAGAAAAUAUCGCCUUUGCGAAAGUGCCCUCUGCCAGUCGAGGAUGCCUUGAACAAUCAGGUAACGAGUCUUCUCGCGGCCAUCUGCGGCAUGCAUAUUGCACGAUCCCGUGAUACCAUCGACCCUAUAGGGCCCGAAAGUACCAAAGCUGGUCAGACAAUCAUAUGUCUGCGAGCGAUGCUGGACAAAGCCAUAGAAGUGCAACCUUUAUCUCACGUUGCUAGUCUCCCCUCCUACCAGCUCCUGAGACGCGGGAGUAUGCUGUUGGCUGACUACCUUGUGUAUUGCAAUGAUCUUAUUUUACAAAGGGAUUGCCAAAGAGGAUUACUCACGACAGAUACCGUGGAUCUUUACUGUGAAAUGUUGGCCGCUCGUUCUGAGUUGGUGAAAGAAUUGGCGUCAUUUUGCCGACAGGUUUUCCGGUGCUUUGGAAGAUCUACGGAGACCGCCUCUGCUCGCAAGGGCGGGGAAAUUCGCCGCAUGAUAUCACAACUUUCGAGCAUGAGUGCGUCGUCUGCCCUGACUACUCUGCUCGGUCGAGUGGCGAUUGAAGCAGCCAUGGAGUUUGCUGAAAACACUGGGGAGCCCGAUGAUCACGUGUGGGCCAUCGAGGUUCAAGAGAAGGUCCUUGCCCGGCUGGCAGGCAAAACUUCUCGCCCAGGUAGCUGGCAACCAGGGUUUGAAAAAGGGUGCUACCGUUGGGAGGAAAGCAUUGGCGAGUGGAUUGCGCGUACGCCAGCUGUCAAAGUUCAUGUGCCUCCGGUGGCCGUCAAGGGCUCCUUCCAGCCGAGCGCGAGGCCGAUGGUCAACAUGCCGUGCCUUGAAGACCGCAGCUCUCAGGCCUCAGUCCGGGAUUCCGAUUCUGUAACUGUACCGGAGACUCCAUCCAGCUCGUUUACUUCGCCGCCAUCCGCAAGCAUGAAGCGCACCUGUGAGGAAAUGAUGUCUUCGCCGUUGCCGGUUACGAAACGACCGCGGGCAGCGCCCGUCAUUGUCAAUGAUGCAGAAAGGAAUUACAGGAGAAGGAGUGGGUACAGCCGUACUACCCUUGUCUCCAAGUCUCCGCCGGUUGAGCAGGCAUCUCCUCGGCCUCGGCGUCGCAUCCUACAUGAUGGACCUUCGCGACUCAUCAACCGGAAUGAGCGAUAUGCAGCCAAGACACCGAACACCAAGGUUGAGGUUGUGAUAUUCAAUAAUCAGGGACCGAAGUCCUCUAGCACCGAACGUGGUCUUCCGCUCUCGCCCGAGCCGGACCUUGAAGUGGUCGAUAAGCGACCACACCGAGCCGUGGCGCGACGAAGGUCCACACGCUCCCGGUUGUCCGUAAUCCCUGAUCCGCAUGCUCAAGUUCCACGGCGUCGGUCCAUGGUCAUCCCCUGCUCAGACGAAGAUAGCGAUGAUGAAUUGAGCUUUUUGUAA